AUGGCUAAAGGAUUCUUCAUCAGCAAAGCGGUAGCAGGGACUUGUGUCUUUGUGGCUAUCGCUGCCACUGCCACAAUCAUAGCUCUGUCUGUUGUGUACUCUCAAGAGAAGUCCAAGAAUGAAGUCCUACCAACCGUCGACCCCAGCGUCACCACUACAACUGUGUCCACCACCCCCUCAGGCCCAAAGGAGCCGUGGCAACAAUACAGACUCCCAGAUUCACUGGUUCCUAUCACCUACCACGUAACUCUUUGGCCCAGGCUGAAACCAGUUGUAGAUAACUUUUACAUCUUUUCAGGGAAUUCCACAGUCGAGUUUAAAUGCGUGAAGGCUACUGAUCUCAUCUUGAUUCAUUCCAACAAACUCAAUCUCACCACUUUUGACAACUUCCACGCCAAGUUGGUGGGACUCAAUGGAGCAGAGGCACCAAAGAUAAAGCAGACGUGGCUGGAGGUGCCCACUCAGUAUCUGGUGAUCCAAUUGCAGGGAAACCUUCAACCUGACAACACAUAUGAGCUGUUUACUGAGUUUGUAGGAGAGCUGGCUGAUGACCUGGGAGGAUUCUACAGAAGUGAAUACUAUGAAGAUGGUGUCAAAAAAGUCUUGGCCACAACACAAAUGCAGCCAACCGAUGCCAGGAAGGCCUUUCCCUGUUUUGAUGAACCAGCAAUGAAAGCUGUCUUCUACAUGACCCUUCUGCAUCCUCAUGGGACUGUGGCUCUAUCGAACUCUAUUAAUUAUGACCCAGUCAAUGUCACAGUGGACGGGCACGAUCUCACAAGGACCAGCUUCAUGGCCACGGAAGUGAUGUCAUCUUAUCUACUGGCGUUUGUGGUGUGCGAGUUUGCUUACAUUAGGAACGUGGAUACUGGUGUUUUGAUCAGAAUCUGGGCUCGUCAAAAAGCCAUCAACGAGGGCCAAGGAGACUAUGCACUGGAGAAAACUGGCCCUAUUUUGUCCUUUUUUGAAGAUUACUACAACAUAUCCUAUCCAUUGAAUAAAUCAGAUCAGAUUGCUCUGCCAGACUUUGGGGCCGGAGCUAUGGAGAACUGGGGCCUCAUCACCUACAGGGAGACGGCCCUUUUGUACAACAGCAAUGUCUCAUCCAAUGGAGACAAAGAGUGGGUGGCCACGGUCAUUGCUCAUGAACUGGCUCACAUGUGGUUUGGAAACCUAGUGACUACAAAAUGGUGGAAUGACCUCUGGCUAAACGAGGGCUUUGCUACAUAUGUCUCUUAUCUGGGUGCCGAUUUUGCUGAACCAGAAUGGAAUAUGAAAGACUUGAUAGUUCUAAAUGAGAUUGUAGGCGUGAUGGGAGUUGAUGCUCUGGCCUCCUCCCAUCCACUCUCAUCCAAGGAAGAUGAAAUUCUGAGGCCAGAGCAGAUCAGUGAACUUUUUGAUGCCAUCACAUACAGCAAGGGGGCUGCAGUCCUCCGAAUGCUUUCUUACUUUAUCACAGAGCGGGUUUUCACUGAAGGCCUUCAUACAUACUUAGACACAUUCAAAUACCAAAAUACAGUCUACCAAGAUCUCUGGAAACACCUUCAAAUGGCUGUGGAUUCAUCAGGCAUCACAUUGCCUGAUUCCAUUGAACAAAUAAUGAACCGGUGGAUUCUUCAGAUGGGUUUCCCUGUAGUGACUAUCGACACCCAAACUGGAAAAAUUAUGCAGAAGCACUUCCUGUUAGACCCGGACACGCCAGUGGUCAGGCCUUCACAAUUUGAAUAUGAAUGGAUUGUUCCUGUUACAUGGAUUAAAAAUGGUGCAGAAGAGAAGCAGUACUGGCUCACUGCAAAAGAUACUACAAACAAUGAAAUCCAAACUGCUCCUAAUGAGUGGUUGGUUGCCAAUAUCAACAUGAAGGGCUUCUACAGAGUAAACUAUGACAGUGUAAACUGGGAGCGCAUUCUCACCCAGCUGUCCACUAAACCUGAGGACAUUCCAGUGAUAAACAGGGCACUGCUUAUAGAUGAUGCUUUUAAUCUUGCAAGGGCAAAGAUUGUAGACACAACUCUAGCUCUGAGGACAACUACGUUCUUGGAUAAGGAGGUGCAGUACAUGCCCUGGGAGACUGCUAGACGUAAUCUCAACUAUUUUUAUCUUAUGUUUGACCGCAGUGAGGUCUAUGGCCCAAUGCAGGCGUACAUAAAGAAAAAGUCAACUCCUUUAUUUAACUAUUUUGAGAAGAUCACUUCAAACUGGACAAAUGAUCCUGUUAACCACACUGACCAGUACAACCAGGUAAAUGCCAUUUCCAUGGCCUGUGGCACAGGAGUGGAGGGCUGUCAGGAGCUGGUCACUAACUGGUUCAAACAGUGGAUGCAUAACUCCACUUACAAUCCAAUCAGUGCAAACCUGAGGUCAACAGUGUACUGCAGUGCUAUCCAAGCUGGAGGAGUGGAUGAAUGGGACUUUGCAUGGCGCAUGUAUAAAAAUGCUUCAGUUGCCUCAGAAGCUGAUAAACUUAUGUUUGCUCUGUCCUGCACUGAACAGCCCUGGCUACUCAACAGAUACCUUGAUUAUAGUCUAGACCCAGACAUGAUUCGGAAGCAGGACGCCACCUACACUAUAGUUUAUAUUGCCGGUAAUCCCAUUGGUCAGCCUUUGGCUUGGGACUUCAUCAGAGCAAAAUGGAGUUACAUAUAUAACAAUUAUGGAGGUGCAAUAUCAUUUGGAAGACUAAUAAGUGGUGUAACCAAGAGGUUUUCCUCAGAGUUUGAGUACAAACAGCUGCUCCAGUUCAAAGAGGAAAAUGCUGGACAGCUGGGUUCAGCCACAGCAGCUGUGGAGCAGGCCCUGGAGACGACCAAGGCUAACAUGAACUGGGUGGCUUUAAACAAAGAUAAAGUGCAUAACUGGUUCAUCAGCCAAACCUCGGCACUGUAAAACAUAUCACAUCCAUUUAAAAACAUAUUAUAUUUUACAUC